CUUCGCACCGCGUGUCUGUAGUGUGUGUGGUAAAGGAAAAUCUUUUGUUGAAUAUGAUGAUGAGUAUAACGAAAGUCUUCAUAUGCGGCCUGCUCAUCCAGAUAGCAGCGGGACAGUACGGCCCCCUCCCCAGCGGCAAGACUCGCCACCGAACUACGACAACAACUGAGACCCCCGACACCGCCAACGAAGUGCUGCCUCCUUCCCCGUACCAACCUCCGCCAGGCUACAAACCUCCAGGAUCCCCCAGCCAGCCUCCACCGCCAGGGCAGCCGUCUCCGUCACCGUACCCAAACCAGCCCAGUCAGCCUCCAUCACCUCAGCCCCAAAACCAGCCUAGUCCACAGUAUCCAGGGCAGUCUACCCCACAACAGCCAACCCCUUCUGGCCAACCUCCAUACCCAUCUGGCCAACCAUCUUCGCAAUAUCCUUCAGCACAACCAAGUCCUCAAUACCCAACCCCUGCUACAGGUCAACCUUCUCCACAAUAUUCCCCUCCAGGAUCUAGUCAACCAUCAUCCCAAUACCCCACAUCAGGUUCUAGUCAACCUCCAUCACAAUAUCCAACUCCUUCAGGACAACCCCAAUUCCCUUCUCCAGGUCAGCCCACACCACAACAACCUUCUCCUAGUGGGCAGCCACUACCCCAAUACCCAACCCCUGGUUCAGGACAACCCUCACCGCAAUAUCCAACUCCUUCAGGACAACCUUCCUCUCAAUAUCCAUCUCCUUCAGGACAACCUUCCUCUCAAUAUCCAACUCCUUCAGGACAACCUUCCUCUCAAUUUCCAACUCCUUCUGGACAACCUCAGUUCCCUUCUCCAGGUCAGCCCACACCACAGCAACCUUCUCCUAGUGGACAGCCUGUACCCCAAUACCCGACUCCUGGUUCAGGACAACCCUCACCACAAUAUCCAACUCCUUCUGGACAACCACAGUUCCCUUCUUCAGGUCAGCCCGCACCACAACAACCUUCUCCUAGUGGUCCACAACAACCUGCCCCCCAAUACCCUACCCCCGGAUCAGGGCUACCCUCACCACAAUAUCCAACCCCUUCAGGACAACCUCAAUACCCAGGACAAAAUUUUCCACAAUACCCACCGCCAUCUUAUCCUCCUUCAGGACAACCAUCUCCCUUUCCUGGCCAGGCUUAUCCAGCUGGCCAACCUUCACCACAGUAUCCACAACCAGGACCACGCCCAUCUCCAUCACAACAAUAUUGGUGGGCUAAUAAUCAAAACCCUUUCAAACCUGGUGUGAGGCCACCUUCAGCUGUACCUCCAACUCCCAAUGCUCAAAGUCCAGCUCAAGGUAAACCAGUAUGUUCCCCCAGCUUAUCAAAAAAUCCUUUUCUUAACCAACCUCAGCAGCCAUCACCAAGCCCAAGUCGCCCUCAACCUGGGUAUGGUCAGCCAGCGACACCUUCCCAACAAUAUCAACCACAACCAAGCAGCCUACAAGGACCGCAGCCACAAGGAUCGUUCCCUGACCCUCAGGUUAGGCCAAUUCCGCCAAGGCCGACCCAAAACCAGAUAAAUCCUAACAAUCCUUUCUUAAACAGUGCAUUACAGAACCCUGUGAGGCAACAAGCAAGCGGAGAAACAUGCACCACUGAUGCCGCUUUUUGUGUUCCUAAAUAUCUAUGCAACAACGGAAUCGUAACAGAGACAUCCAGCCUGCCAGCCGACCUAAAGAAAGGUCCAUGCCAACCAAGUGAGGUAUGCUGCAAAGUAAAAAAGCCAAUUGGACCAUCACCAACUUAUCCAACUCAGCCUCAACCUUCAUACCCAGGACAACCUCAACCUUCAUACCCAGGUCAACCUCAACCUUCAUACCCAGGUCAGCCACAACCUUCAUAUCCAAGUCAACCACAACCUUAUGCAGUAACUGAGAGCCCCAAGUAUACUGGACCAUUAAACACUACUCCUUACCCUGGAUGUCCUGCAGCAUUGAAAUGUGUGGAUAUUUCAUAUUGUACAGCUGAAGGUGUUAUGUCACCUUCACCAGUAUAUUUAACUCGAGAGCAAAAUGAAAAUAGAGUACCACUCACGGACUGUCAAGAUAUGAAUACAGGCACUCUUGGAAAAUGUUGUCGUGAUCCAAACUACAAGGACCCUUGGCCUGCAGGUAUGCCUAUGCCAACAAUGCCGAAGAACUUAGAUGAUGGCCAAUAUCAUCCACCUUCAGAACAGGAAUUUGAUGAUGGUCAGUACCAUCCUCCUCAGGAACAGGGUGAGCCAGAAUAUGGAACUAUUUCUCCUCCCAAUCCCCACACAAUCAAAUUACCUAUUGGAGUAUUUAAAAAAAAAGUAUCUCCAUUCCCGGUUGCUCCUAGACCUGGUCAAACUCAUGAACAAGUAUUUCCAGGAGAUGAAGAUAAACUGUAUGGUACACCAGCUCCUAUUACUCCACAUCAUAUUGGAAGUCAGCCAGCAUAUCCUCAGCCACAGCAACCCACAAAUCAACCACAACCUCAACCAUCUGGAUCCGUUCCAUUACCCUAUCAAUCACCUUACCAACAAGGAGCAUAUCCACAACCUCAACAGCCUGGCAGCCAGCCACAACCUGGAAACCAAAUUCAACCAUCAAAAUCACCUUACUCUCCAACUGCUCCAGGGCAAUCACCAUAUCAACCUACACCAACGGGGCAGUCUCCUUCCAACCAACAGCAACCACAACAAAAACCAUACCAACCACAGCCUCAGCAAUCUGGACCUCAACCAAGUCCAUCUCAACCUCAACAAACACCUUACCAACCACAGCCUCAGCAGCCAGGAUCUCAACCACCUUAUCAGACUCAGCAAACACCUUACCAGCAACAGCCUCAGCAGCCUGGUUCACAACCAAGUCCAUCUCAACCACCUAGCCAGGCCCAACAAACACCUUAUCAACCAAAUCCUCAGCAGCCUGGACCUCAACCAAGUCCAUCUCAACCAUCAUAUCAGCCCCAGCCACAGCAACCACAGCCAGGUCCUUCUCCACAACCUCAGCAACCACCUUUUAGUCAACCCCAACCAACACCAAUUGGAUCACCACAACAGUCUACACCAUAUAAUCAACCAACUCCUCAUAGCACACAGCCCACACCAGGAAAAGAAUGUGGAGUUCGAAGACAGAGCCAAGGUGCACAACCUGAUGAAGCAGGAUUUGGUGAAUUUCCAUGGCAUGCAACUAUCUCUUCAAAUAGCAACAAUAGUGCCCUAUGUAGCGCUGCAAUAAUAGCUCCAAAUGCAGUAAUAACUUCUGCUCAUUGUAUUGAAGGCUUGAAUCCAGAAGAUUUGCAAAUCAAAGCUGGUGGAUACACUCUUGGACAAGAUGGUCCCAAACCUGCACAGAUCCGUGAAGUUGGGGCAGCUGCUAUACACCCAAGUUAUGAUUCUGGUUCUCUAGUAAAAGAUCAAGCUAUAGUUGUAACUGAAGAACCACUUGUUCUUGAUGAGCAUGUUGACAAAAUAUGUCUCUCCCCAAGUACUCAAGAUGAAUAUGAACCAACUGGUGACUGCUUUGUUACUGGAUAUGGCCGUCCAGCUUUACAAAGAAACACACCAGGAACAAAACUUCAUAAAAUAAAAGUUAAUCUCAUUCCAAAAGAACAAUGUGAAACUAAUUUAAAGAAAACACAUCUCGGUAAAUAUUUCAAAUUGAACAAAGGUUUCACAUGUGCUGCUCCUCUUAAAGAAUCAGAACUUUGCAAGGUUGAUGUUGGAAGCCCACUAGUAUGUGAAAAACCUGAUGGACGAUACGAAUUGGCGGGAGUAUAUAGUUGGGAUACCAAGUGCUCAACGGCACUCCCAGGAGUAAUGGCAUCAUGUGACAGUGAAUGGAUUCAGCAAGUACUAGCAACUCCUCUUGACAAACUAAGAGAGCAGUAUGCCCGACCACAGAUCCCCACACACAUUAUAAUUGAUAUAGACACGAAACCUGGAUUCGCUCUUGGAUAUGGAAAAUAGGCAAAGGUCAUAACACAAAAUAUCUCACCUUAAGAGAGAAUUUUAAUCUUAAGACUUUCAAUUUAAAAAGUGAAAAUUUAUAUUUUUUAAGUUGAUAAAUUUUUAAUACGAAAAGUGAUCUUUUUUUAUCAGUGUAAAUAAGCAUUUUAUGUGAUAUUGUUAGUUUGUGUAGUUAUCUAAUUUGCAUUAUAAUUUAAUGAACUGAUGCUUUGUAAUAUAUAAUGGAUAAAAUUAAACUCAUCUUUGAUUUAA